UUUUUUUCUUUUGAAAAUUAGCUGAAGCUAGGUUUUUGCGGCUGCAGAACAGGGGGACAAGACAUGGAGAAAGAGGAGCUCCUGUGCGAAGCAGCGAAGAACGGCGACGCCGACAGGGUCAGAGCUCUAAUAGAUUCCGGCGCAGACGUGUCACACUUCGACGGCGAUGGCCUGACCCCUCUGAUGCACGCGGCCAAGCACGGCCAUGCUCAGCUUGUCAAAACCCUCCUCGAAGCUGGUGCCCCUUGGAACGCCCUCUCUCCUUCCGACCUCUCCGCCGGUGACUUCGCCAUGGACGCCGGCCAUCAAGAAGCCUUCGACCUGCUCCUUAAUGCCGGGAUACAAGCUGAACUGAUCCUGGGGACAAUAGCAAGGAGAGUGGAGAAAGGUGGUGAUUCUAAUGGGGACUACUUGGAAGACAGAAUUAGUUUUAGUGAGGACAAGCUGAUGGAUGCCAAUAGCAAGGCUAUCAUGAUGCAAUGGGAGAAACCAUUGAUGGAAGCUCAUGCAAAAGCUGUUUGCUCGGGAGUUGGUCACAUAUUGAAUAUAGGAUUUGGAAUGGGUCUUGUUGAUACUGCCAUACAGCAAUAUGCACCUGUUACACACACUAUUGUUGAGGCUCACCCGGAGGUUUAUAAUCGUAUGAUUCGUAGUGGUUGGGGUAAUAAGGAGAACGUAAAGAUUAUAUUCGGUCGUUGGCAGGAUGUCCUUGCUCAACUUGAUUCUUAUGAUGGUAUCUUCUUUGACACAUAUGGGGAGUAUUAUGAAGAUCUCAGAGAGUUCCACCAACAUCUUCCUGUAUUGCUGAAGCCCGGAGGGAUCUACUCAUUUUUCAAUGGCCUUUGUGGAGGUAACGCAUUCUUUCAUGUUGUUUACUGUCAGUUGGUUGCCCUAGAACUUGGGAAUUUAGGUUAUUCAACACAGUUUAUACCCUUGCCUGUUAAGGAUUGUUUGGGAGAAGAAAUAUGGGAAGGUGUGAAACACAAGUAUUGGCAGUUAGAUACAUAUUACCUUCCAGUUUGUCAGUCUAUACAGGAUCCUGAAUGAAGCUUGAAGUUACAUGUUUUUUUUUUGUCCCUAAACUUUCACUCUGUUUAACUUAUGUGCGUCAAUUCAGUAUCUUAUACAGUGCUGAUCAUGUUAUCCAUCAUUUUAAAUUUAGAUGUUCUGGAAACUAUGGUGAGUUUCUCAGGCAAUUUUGUGCUUAUUGAAUUCUUUUCCAAAUCA